CAGAGGGGCGGGGCGAUGGUGCAGCUGGCGGUGCGCCGGGCGGCGGCGGCGGAGGGCGGGCAGGCGGAGUGGCUGCUGCUGGAGCUGCAGGGGCAGCUGGAGGCGCGCGGAGGCGGAGGAGGCGGCUUGGCCGGGCGGCUGCUGGGCGACCUGCACUUCACCCAGGAGGGAGCGCCGGUGCUGCUGGUGGGCCACCACGUGCUCUACGGGAAGGCGGUGCGGCUGGAGAAGGCCGUGGCCGUCCUGCGCAGGGGGGUCGCCGCGCCCGAGGACCCCCGCGGCCCCGCCGCCUACGAGGUCGCCGCGCUCAUCCGCACCAAGCUGCUCUUCAAGACGCGCCCCAAGCCCAUCGUCCCCAGCGCCCCCAAGAAGGCCUGAACACCCUGCGGCGCUGCCUCCACCCCUCCCCUCCCCGGCUGCUCCGGGGCUCCCUCCCUCCCUCCCUCCCUCCCUCUUGCUGGGACCCCGGUUCCUGGGGGGGAAAGAAGAGGGGCCGGCUCCUCUGUUUACAAAGCUUUAUUGUUGUAACAAAUGUCAUUAAAAAAAGUCCAAACCUGUUUUUAAAAAAUGAAAAUGUAAGUAAAAAAUAAAUAAGUUUACAAACA